AUGUGUAAUGAACUUCUUUCUAUAGCUUUCUAUCGGGCUGUCUUCACUGAGUUGCUGGUCACCGCCAUCUACGUCUUUUUUGGCUUGGGGUCUGUUCUGGAUUGGCCCGAGACACCCUCCAUCCUACAGACUUCCAUCACCUUCAACUUGGCUGCAGCCACAGCUGUCCAGAUUGCCUGGCAAGCUAGUGGAGCCCACAUCAAUCCAGCAGUGACUGUGGCCUUCCUGCUUGGCUCUCGUGUCUCAUUGGUGAGGACUGUCUGCUAUGUGGUGGCCCAGCUGGCUGGAGGAAUUGUUGGGGCAGCCAUCCUUUAUGCGGUGACUCCUGGGAAUGUCCGUGGAAAUAUGGGCAUCAACAAGGUGAACAUCAAUAUUUCAAGCGGACAAGCUGUUGCAGUUGAGCUCAUCUUGACCCUACAGUUGGUUCUGUGCUAUUUUACAUCCACAGAUAGACAGCGCAGUACGGGCUCCCCUGCUGUCAUCAUUGGCAUCUCAGUUGCCCUGGGCCACUUGGUUGGGCAUUACUAUACUAGAUGCUCCAUGAAUCCAGCCAGAUCCUUUGGUCCUGCUGUCAUAACUGGGGAUUUUCUUCAGCAGUGGAUCUUCUGGGUGGGCCCCUUAAUUGGGGCGGCCUUGGCAUCUGUCCUUUACAACUUUGUUAUUUACUAUGACCCUAAGCCCUUCAGCCAAAGACUGUCCAUUCUCAAAGGCAGCUAUGAUGAAGAAGAGCCGGAGAGGCAGGAGGAGAACGCUCAGAAAGAAGCGCUGCCGUUACCCAGUCUGGUGCAUAGGUUGUAG